AUGCCAGUCCGCCAACCUCACAUCGUGUGCCUCGGCACCCCCAAAUACGCAGGCCCCUCCUACAUCACCACCUUCUCCCAAUCCUUCACAUACUCCGUCCUCACCGCAUCCAACCGUGCCGAAACCAUCUCUCAGAUUCCCAAACUCAUCGCCGAGAAAGGGCCCAUAGAUGGCUUCGUCAUCCGCAUGGGGACACCGCCCUACGAGCCGUUCGACGAAGAGCUACUUUCUGGCCUGGUCCCUGACUGCAAGAUCAUCACUUCUGCCUCGGCGGGGUACAAUGAAUUUGACGUGGAGUGGAUGACGAAGCGAGGAAUCGUGUUUUGUAACAGCGUGGAUGCAGUUGCGGAGGCAACGGCCGAUAUGGCGGUCUGGCUGUUAUUGAGUGUGCUUAGGAACACAAGCAAUGCGGAGAGGAGCGCUCGAGCAGGGAAGUGGCGAGGUGGGCUCGUGCCUGUGAGGGAUCCCACGGGUCUUACGCUGGGAAUUGUAGGCAUGGGAGCGAUUGGAAAGUAUCUUGCGAAGAAAGCCGCGGUGUUCAAUCUCAAGGUUGCGUAUCAUAAUCGCAAUCGGCUACCUGAGGGGGAAGAAAAGGCUUACAACGCAACUUAUUGCUCUUCCCUCCACGGGCUGUUGUCUGCCUCCGACGUCGUCAGCAUUAACUGUCCGCUGAACGCCAAGACGGAGAACCUGAUCUCGACCGCUGAGUUCGCCGCCAUGAAAGACGGUGCUUUCUUGAUUAACACUGCUCGAGGAGCCAUAGUCGACGAGGCUGCGCUCAAAGACGCGCUGACGAGCGGCAAGAUCGCCAGAGCAGGUCUAGACGUCUUGUGCAACGAACCGAAUGUGGAUCCGUGGUUUUUCGAGCAGGACAAUGUGAUUGUCCAGCCACAUCUAGGCGGACUGACAGAUAUUGCGUUCCAGAAGGCGGAAAGGGAAUGUUUCGAGAACAUAAGGGCGUUUUUCGAGAAGGGGAAGGCGAACAGUCCCGUCAAUGCGGAUGAGGUUCGACGAUAG